AGAAGAUUGAAGGGGGAUCCCCGGCCAAACACGAUGCGGCUGUGAACGCAUAAUAAUCAUAACAUGCGACGUAUUAAUUAUCGUCUAUCAUCCUGCAACUUAAUCCGACGCGAUCUUCCGUACCUUAUGUUUUGUGUGUUGGCCUACCUCCUGCAGUAUCACCUGGGCACUCAUUGCGAUACCGAAAGCCGCAUCUGCAUUUGCACCUGCAAUGCUGAGACUUGCAACCAAAUUACUCCAAACAAGUUACCGACCAACAUCAACAUAAGCUGCGUGCCAGCCAAGUCCACCGCCCCAGAUUGUUGCCUUUGCCACGACUGCCGAUCGACUUUUCGAGAUACUGCAAAAUACAGCAACAUAAGGGCAGGAGGGGCAAUGACAGUCAAUCACGACAACCGCUGCCAUGGCCGAUAAUCCCCGCCCGCCAUCGUCCAACAAACACCGGACGGUGAGGUCACAGAAGAUCCAACUGACGGCUCCCGGCUCCGACUGGGAGUCCCAACAGGAGCACGAGGAGGCUCUCGACCGCGCACCCAACCUACCGGUACGCAGUCAUACGCCGGGUCACCUAUCGUCCAAGAGCCAGAGUCACGGCCGCCGCAAGGCCUCAGAGACGUCGAUCCGGCAGCGCUCGCAAUCGUUCACAGCCAAAGCUCCUAUCGCCUCGCCCCCGCCGCCACACCCGACACCGACGCCCGCCCUCAAACCCAAUGGCAAUGGCGCCUCCGCCUCUGCUGCUAAUUCCCCAGUGCCCCCAAUAGACACGUCCACCGACGGUAUAGAUAGCGACUCGAAACGGCCGAUGGGCCUGCGGUCAACGUCCGCCAUCGCCAGCAAGCAACAACAGACCAGCGUAGGCGGCACUUCGACGACGACGACAGCCGCCGCCCCUCGCAAAACCACCGCCUCGACGCGGUUGAGAGGCCCGUACACUGCCUUCCCCCCACUCCAAGACUCGAAGAUGGCUCUCGACGUGCCCGCUGCCCCGUCGUCGGGCAUGUACUGGUCGCGCGCCCCCGUGUCGGGCGUCUCUCACACGCCCCUCCGCGCACAUACGACGACGCUGGUUGGUAGCAACGUCUUCGUCUUCGGGGGCUGCGACUCGCGCGCCUGCUUCAACGAGCUGUACGUGCUGGAUGCGGACUCGUUCCACUGGAGCAGUCCACACGUAGUCGGUGACAUGCCUGUUCCACUUCGGGCCAUGACAUGCACCGCCGUGGGGAAGAAACUUAUCAUUUUCGGCGGCGGCGACGGCCCGGCAUACUACAAUGAUGUCUAUGUGCUGGACACUGUCAACUUCCGCUGGCAUCGGCCGCGGAUCGUGGGCGAUCGGGCCCCCAGCGCGCGGCGGGCACAUACGGCUUGCUUAUACAAGAACGGAAUCUACGUCUUUGGCGGCGGUGACGGCGUCAGGGCACUCAAUGACAUCUGGAGGCUGGAUGUAUCCGAUAUACACAAGAUGAGCUGGAAGUUGGUAUCGGGGCCGACGUCUGGGUCCCCGAGCGGCGGCAUGCCUUCGACUGACAACAAACCCAAGGCGAGGGGGUAUCAUACGGCAAACAUGGUCGGAAGCAAGCUCAUCAUCUACGGUGGGUCAGAUGGUGGAGAGUGCUUCAACGACGUAUGGGUGUACGACGUCGAUGCGCACAUCUGGAAGGCCGUGAGUAUACCUAUUACGUUUCGGCGGUUAUCUCAUACAGCGACGAUAGUAGGGUCUUAUUUGUUCGUCGUGGGCGGCCACGAUGGAAAUGAGUACUCGAAUGAUGUGCUCCUGCUCAACCUAGUGACGAUGACCUGGGAUAAGAGGAAAGUGUACGGUCUGCCACCGAGUGGCCGGGGUUAUCACGGCUCGAUACUAUAUGAUAGCCGGCUCGUGGUAAUAGGGGGGUUUGACGGAGGGGAAGUGUUCAGUGACGUGUGGAUAUUGGAGCUAGCCGUCCAUGCGUACUAUUCGCAAAUCAGCCACUUCACGAUCGAAGUCUGAGUAAACGAGAAAGCUAUGUAAGCUAGCGCCAUCUGCUGCGGGAUAUCGAGGCCUGGGUGGCAGCCCCGGAUAUCUAUCCAAUGAAUAGGCGUACGUGGGAACACCCCGGUACUUGGAAAGGGGAUUGUUUUGAGCUAUGAUUCACAAUGGGAGCGCAGU